AUGAGUAGAGGUCGUCUGUGGACGGAGGAGCAGUUUAACUGCCCCGUCUGUCUCGACUUGCCCAAUGAGCCCGUGACGAUCCCGUGCGGUCACAGCUACUGCAUGGCGUGCAUCACCGACUACUGGGACUCGGAGCGAAAAAAGACCGGCUCGUGCAGCUGCCCUGAGUGCCGCCAGACCUUCGACCCCCGUCCUACGGUGUGCCGUAACACCAUGCUGGCGGAGGCCGUGGAGCAGCUCCGCCUGGGCAACCUCAGCUCGACAGCACGCGAGUCCAUACGCAACGCGCGCCGUGCAGCCGACUCUGCGUCCGAGCGUGGGGCGCGUGAGCGAAAAGCCGUCACCAAACAGCUUCCUGCCUCGAGCGUGCCGUGUGACCGGUGCAUGGAGCCGAGAGCGGCCGUGAAAACCUGCCUGACGUGCAUGGCGUCGUUCUGCGAGAGCCACCUGAAGCCACACCAGACGCAGGCCAAGCUAAAGAGCCACGAACUCAUCGUGCCCACCGGAGACCUGACGCAGAAGAUCUGCCCCGAACACAAGUACCUGCAAGAGUUCUACUGUCGCUCGUGCCAGGUGUAUAUCUGCUGGCUGUGCACGAGCAACCAGCACAAGGACCACGAGAGCGUGUCUACGCAGGCGGAGCGCAUAGAGAAACAGAAAACCCUGUUGGCGGUUCAGGCAGAGAAUCUGCAGAAGCUGCAGGAGAGAGAAAGAGAACUCAAAGACACGAAGAAAGUCCUGGAGACCCUCAAGUGCUCAUCUGACACGGUGAGUGAGGAGACGGACAAAGUGUUGUGUGAGCUUCAGCACUCGGUCCAGCGUAUGGCGGAUCUGAUCCAGCAGGUGAUGAGCUCCAGUGGACAGGAGAAAAUCAACGAGGCCCAGCAGCUGGUGGACAAACUGGAGAAGGAGAUCAGUCAGCUGAGGACGAAAGACUCUGAUUUAAAGGAGCUGGUGACAUGUCAGGACAAUAUCUACUUUCUCAAGACAUAUCACUGUCUUUGCUCUCCGGAGCUCAGUGAACUCAGCGGAUUUACAGUGAAUCUGGAUGCCUCAUUCGAUCCUGUACGAAACAUCAUUUUGGAUCUCAGGGAGAAAGUGGAGAGCAUGUGCAACCAAGAGCUGGAUAAAAUUAACAAGACAGUGUACAACACAAUGCCGUACCAUGUGAUUGACCGACAGAGCACACAGAAGCCGGCCAUUCUGAAAUUGUUUUCUGGAAUCGGAGGCAAAAACUCGAGCAGCCGCACACAAGGUCCCCCUCCACUGCCCUCUGUGAGUGCCCGAGGCCCAGUCGACAGAGGCACAAACUCCCCAAGACCAAGAGCGAGCUUCAACAGAGAGGAGAGAGAGCAAGCUAAUAACCAGAGUGUGAGGUCUCUGAGAUCAAGUGAGCGGCAGAGAAGGGAGGAGAGAGAACAAGAGAGGGAGCCACAAACCUCCCCAAGAUCUCAAAGCAGAAGCACAAAUGAUCGCGAAGCCGACACUUGGAGUAUACGCUCUCUACGGCAGCCGACACAGGCGAGAGAAAACCGGGAGCAAUCUGACACCUGGAGCUUAAGUUCAGUCAGGUCCCGAGGCAGGCCGGGGAGAGAGGAGAGAGAGACAGCUAAUGGAGAAGUGCAGAGUUCCCAGAGACCGCAGGAGACAGUGACGAGCAGACAGCAACCGGAGAGGCAGUCUGACACCUGGAGCUUAAGUUCCAUUAGGUCCAUAAGAGGCAGAGAGAAGAGAGAAGAGAGAGAGACAGCUAAUGCAGAUUCACAGAGCUCCACCAGGACUCAGCAGAUGGCAACGGCCAGACAGCAGCCUGAACGACAAUCUGAUCGCUGGAGCCUGAGCUCACUGUUACCAAGAAACAGGAAGAAGAGACAAGAAUCAGUGAAACAGGCCACACCUGUUCAGGAAAUAGAGUCUCUUCAGGAUCAGUGGGGAGAGCAGACUGAAGUAAACCCCGGACUUUUCCUGGACUCUCCGCCGGCAGACUCCACCUUCAUCCCUGCCUUUCCACCUUCAGCAGCCUACUCUCUUUCACCUGCAGUGAGAGAGAUCAACAUUGACAGCAUUCAGGCUCCCGAGCCAAGGAGCAGAGAUGAGUUUCUACAGUAUGCCUACGACUUGACCUUUGACCCCAACACGGCUCACCGGCGAUUAGUUCUUAGUGAAGAUGACACCAAAGCAACACUGAAUGCCGCCACCCAGUCGUACCCUGACAUCCCAGAGAGAUUUGACAGCUGGACUCAGAUUCUCAGCCUCCAGCCACUCAGCUCUGACCGCUGCUACUGGGAGGUGGAAUGGCGUGGGCGGGGCUCUUCGGUGGGUGUAGCCAGUGCCUCCAUGCCACGUAAAGGUGCGGACGCAAGGGCGGGGCUUGGCUACAACAGUCAGUCCUGGAGUUUGGAGUUGUCAGACAUGUGCUGUGCUGCUAUGCACGCUAAUCAGAAGCAGGAGAUCUCAGUGACAUACUGCCCCAGAGUGGGCGUGUUUCUGAACCGGGAGGAGGAGUCUCUAGCCUUCUAUGGUGUUGACGAUGUGCUUGUGCAUCUGCAUACGUUCAACGGCGUCUCAUCUACUCGGCCACUUUUCGCCGCUUUUGGCAUCGGGAGCGGAGUCGGUGUCGGCCUCGACUUUGCCAUGGGGAACUUCAGCGCUUCCACAGACAGCAUUAAAAUCUGCUCAAUCUAACUGGGGUCAUUUUGCCUUUCGUCCAGGUACAUAUCAUCACAAUUUCACUUGAAAUUAAAAAAAACAAAACAAGUAAGGUAGUUGCGAACUAGACUACCUUUAAGAUAUUUGAGAUUUGGAACGAUGCCAAUGGCAGAGAGAUUUGUGGUCAGUGCAGUCGCUCUGAUAUCAUAACUAUCACGCAUUCCUCAUACUCAUGUACCAGAAUUUAAUUUUAAAAAUGAAAUAAUAUAACUUUAGAUUAGCAUUAGUGGGCUAUUAAAUACAAUACUAGCCUUUAGGUCUCACCUAUUAAUCAGAGGAAUUCUAGCCAAGUCAUAGCUCCUGGUUAAAUGGUAAGGAAAUCACCUCUCAUGACUUAUAAACAUUUGAAAAGAAUGAACUUGCAGGCUUCAGAUAGAUUUGCUAGAAGACACUGCUCAGGUGAGGGAUAAGGGCUCAACAGUAGCAGGAUUUGAACUCACAACCUUCUAGUUUAUAGGUAAACAUCUUAACCACCAAGCAAUUGGAUCGCUGCUCAUUUUAAACUUGAAAUGUUAGACUUCCACAUCAUUCAGGAGGGUUGUUUACGCACAAGGAUUGUUGGCUUAAAGUUAGCUGUUGGGUUUAUUAGCAAUACAGACAGCUAACGUUUUCAAUCAGCUAGCGAACAAAACUUUUAUUUUGUCUUACUCAGACUUUAAGCUAGAUCAUUUUAUGCAGUAUGUUCCAGCAGGUGUUCUUGUCCAUUUCCUGAUAUUUUAUUUUAACCCUAUAUGGUUUGCUUUUUCCCAUUUUAAGUUUUAUGCUUUUGGGUCUAAUUUUGCUUUAUUUCUGAGCCUAAUUAAUGUCUGAAUAUUAAAUUAUAAUUGGUUCUAUAAACUGUAAUACAAAAUUGUCAUUAUAUUCUGAUUGAGUGUUCUUUCUCGUGUUUUUUGCAAAUUUUUGCUUGUUAAUUGAGUCUCAUACAGACGUCACAGUUGCAUCGAGUGUGUCGGCAAUGCUACUAUUUUACUGAGCUCCAUCAGUAUAUGUGCCAUCAGAGCAAACCUGAAGAUUUCCUUGGGGUGUCCAGCAUUCACAGGACUAUGGUCCUAGGAUCUGCACCAGACAGCAGUCAUCAUCCCAAACUGUUCAUUUAUCACAGAGAAAAGAGGAAAGUAGCUCUUGCUUGUCUGUAUACAUCACCAUAAUUUAUAGACAAGCUGAAAAACUGACAUCUGGCCAUGUUGAUUGUGUUGGAAAUCUCUUUCCUGGUACAAAGAGACAGCCAGAAAUCUGGAUUAAAGAAAUGAUGUUCUUUAUUCUUGGCUGCAGAGAUGCUGCGCUUCAGUGCUCACAAUUCGAACAAUACCACAUACAACACGAUACUGCAUGAGGUCAAUCAUUAAACCUGCAUACUGACUCAUUCUUGAUCCAAACCUGCACCUGGGGUUUUAUCAUGUCCUAGGAUUAUAGCAGAUCUUUGAGAAGUGUUUGACUUCACUCACUCACAGAGCCCAGAGGUGAUCAGACCUGGUUACAUGAAUUCAACCUGACAAAUUAAAAUAACAUGGGGGGGGGGGGAGUUAAAUCAUUCAGUGGUUAAAGCUCUGGGUUGUUGAUUGGAGGAUCAGGGUUCAAGCCCCAGCACUGCCAAGCUACCACUGUUGGGCACUUGAGCAAGGUCCUUAACCCUGACUGCUUCAAGGGGUGCUGUAUCAUGGCUGACCCUGUGCUCUGGCCCCAACUUCCCAAGUUGGGAUAUACGAAAAAAAGAAUUUUACAGUGCUGUAAUAUAAAUGUGACAAUAAUAAAAGCUUCUUCUUCUUCUUCUUCUGUUUUCCACAAAAA